AUGAUCAUUAUCAAACUGCAACCAUCCCCGUUCGACAAGGUUGUUGAGUAUCCUCAGAAUCGGGCUAUACCUCAGAGCGCACUAGGACUAUCUCACAAACCCGGUACUGCCGGUGGUCAACCUGAUUUGUGGAGAUUAAGUGCCGUCGCCCUUGCGUGGUUUGAUGAUUGCAUGACGAUGCCCGGAACAAAACACUAUACUUCUCCAGCAGAGCUUGGAUACGAACAAGUUGCGGAAACGGAGGCCUGUGAGAAACUGUCGACGCAGUUCCACAGACCAGUCAGAAAUGGGCAAUCGCAGGUCACUGUAUCAGUGCCCCAAGUGCAUAUCUCUUCGCCACAAAACACGUUAUUUACAGAAAAAUCUGGGUAUAACAUAUUGCCCAAGCAUUUCAGCAACGCGGUUGUGGGAUUACCUAAUGCCAGCUACUGGCUAUCGGUGGUGGUGGAUGAAGAAGAUACUAUGGAUAUGCCGGUUGGCCAUCGUCCGCUCGAAGAUGCGAGCCGUGGUGCAUGGCUCAUGACGAGGAUGAUGCGCCCUACAUCUAACAUACCCCAGGAUGGUCUUUUUCAUUCUAAACUACGGAGGUUGAGAGAUGCGACCAUUAAGAAUCUAACAACGCCAAUGACAGGGCCGGCCCAGAUCAAUCUCGCUCAGCAGUUCUUCUUCGUCUCAGAAAAGGUGUUGACCCUUAUGCGGUGGCCGGAGGAUCGUGAUAAUGGCAGCGCAAUGACUCCAUGCCACUCCUGGAUGUGCCAUGGGGUCGAAAUUUACUACCCAAUUCCUUUUAAGGAGACAGGUGAGCAAGACACGAAUUAUCAUUCUUGGUUAGAGGAGAAGCCAUACUACCCGUCUCCUUCAUGCCUUCGUCGCAAGCAAGAUGAGAUAUCGAACGAGAGAAGACAUCGAAUGAAGACUCUGGAAUCUUCCCUGGGUCUUAUCUGGAGGCUGCUGGAAGGAGCAGAUGAUGUUACUACUGCCGCUGUUCUAUCCCAGUACUGUUGCAGCUCUUGGACAGGUUACAAGCUGAUCGCCUGUCGAUGCUGGAUAAAGAUACAGCUGAUGCGAAGUCUUUCUUCGAGCGAGCUUGAAGAUGGGAUUCAAGACUGCAUUCAACUGCUGUAA